UUUCUCGUAACCUAAGCCCCUUGUACAACUGGUCGUGUUUUGCCAAAAGCCAAUUUUCUAUAAAAACCCAUAAAGAGAACAGUUAUAAGUAACUAGUAUACUCCAGAGCUUCAAUCAUAGCAGUUCCCCCUAAAAUCUCCAGUAUGAAUAAGCUUAUCGUACUAACUGUUUUGAUGGCCUUCGCUGCCGCGCUCCCUGUACCUCAGUCCAACUAUGCGACCACAGCUUACCAACCCAACGAAUACCCACCUAAACCUUACAGUUUCUCGUGGUCAGUUUUGGAUAAGCCGUCGUUCCAGGAAUAUUCACACACGCAGAGCAGUGAUGGUAAAGUGACCACCGGCUCUUAUCAUGUUUACCUUCCCGAUGGCCGCGUUCAAACUGUUACCUACACAGCUGAUGAAAAUGGCUACAAAGCUGAUGUCAAGUACGAGACCUUCUCCAAAACCGGUUCGUGGAUUCCUAGCGCGAUAGGAUUCCGCGUUCUCAGUCGUACGUGAAUAAUUCGUCACAAUGUGUCAUUAGAUUUCUAGAAGAUUGUUCUAUAUCGACAAGAUAAUGCUGGCUUCAUGUUAGAUCGCAUGUUUGUACCUUAAAAUACGGCCAUCUACCUAAGAAUGCAUCCGUUUGUUAUGACUUGUCCGCAUCGUUACGGUAGAGAUCCACUAUCAAUAUACUGUAGAUCAGAAAAAAGAAGAAAUAAAGACUACCAUUUUGUUUGGUGAA